AUGUUGUCAAAAUGGAUCUAGCAAGUUUUCUUCAAAAACUUGAAAAUAAUUUGAAAUCAGCGAUAGGCAGCACGGAGACAGACAAGAUGAAUUUCUAUCACUUGUGCAACACGCUAACACUGAAAUUCAUAUCCAGCCACAAAGUGAACUACAUAGAGAAGCUGCAGGGUCUGGUGGUGGCCUUCAUCGUCUACAGCAAGAUGAGGACCCAGCAGCUCGCCAGGAAGAAUCUCAUCAUCGCCAUGAACUACCUAACCAAUUUGGCUGUUGAAACAGGAAGAUUGGUGUUGGGAUACGAGUACACUACAUUAGCCACGGAUAGCCCAACAAAAUCUGCCCUGCUUAGCACUAUCUCUAACUUGGAGAUAUUGUUGGAGUCUAUAUAUGAUGAAUGGAAACUUCUCACUUCACUUCACCAUUUGAUAAAAUCUGGUUGGAAUCAUGACAUGCUCAUCAAGCUUAUAAAUGGAGACCCGGUUUCAGAUGAAGAAGGCCUAACCUACUUGAAAAAGGAAGAACACCCACGAUUGCUGCGUCUGAGGUUGGACCUGUUGAUGUCACACAAUUGUCCGGAGUAUGCAUCCAAUUUUCUUCUUUGGUUGUUGAAAUGUGAUGAAACGAAGGAUGAUCCAUAUCUCAUGUACUUGCGUUUGUCACACCUUUGUAUCACUGGACAGCUGGAUGAGUUCUAUAAGAAGUGCAUGGAUCUGUCAUGUGUGACGGCCUGCAAAGUGAUGACAAACAGUCUUAUCCACCCUCAUCAUUGCUUCUCGACAUCGUGCACAUCACUCCUUCUCUCAAGAGUUCUUGUCAACAUGACGGUUAUUCAUGAUGAAUACUUCUGCAAUAAGGACAUUAUGAAGUUUUGGGUGAAGACAGAACAUUUGUAUUCAAAGGGCAACCACAGUAUCUUCAUGAAAAAUAUAAACGAAUAUGCAAGGGCUGUCAAAGAGCCAAAGUUCAUUGUCAAUCUGGUUGAAAUUCUUCAUCAAGAAUACCAGAAGCAGUACACCUCAUUAUGUACAACAUUGAUCAUGAGAGCACUGGUCAUAUCUCGCCACGCUUAUGACAAAGCUCGUUUGUACCUGCCCGAAACAUUCAGCAACCAAUCAGCUCUGAGAUGCAUGCUGGCACUCCUGCACCUUCUCGAAAAGUUGUACUGCGACAAUAUGCUCAUUAGAGUUUAUUGCCAGUUGUCCAACUUAACACUCAUGCCUUGCGAUGCAAUUUAUUUUGCAGUAGAAAAAACAUGCACAGAGCUACAAAUCCGAUACAACAUCAAAAACAACAUCGAAUCAUUUAAUCUCGUCAAUGGACAACUGGUAUCUACCUUCAUCAAAACGCCAGUUGAGAAAUCUUUGUACAAUCUACUGAAGAAUUAUGUUGACCGGUUCAACCACAAAAGACCCUGGCUGUGGAAUGAGAGCAUGAAGUCAUCCAUGUUGGCCCUCAUGUCCGAUGCAGGAUGGAUAUUCGAUGCCAUAUUGAAAAGGUUCAGAAGGACUAGAGUACCUUCUGCUCUCAUGGUUGUAGCUGCAAACACUACUCACAACACAAACGCCACCAACAACACCAACGGAAUGCUCGUGAAUGUAGCUGCCACCAGAAGUAGAAGUGUCAAUGGUGUGAGGAACCACCGCAAAGUUAAAAAUAAACGAAGGGUCUUCAAAGAAACAGAUCUGACGUAUAAUCCAUCAAAGUCAAUGAGUAGGAAAAGAAGGAAGACCAGAAGAACAUCGAGAAGUACAAGUAAGAAGAAGAGGAGGUUCAAGAUGGUGGACGAAAGUGAUGAUGAAGACGACGAUGGGGAUGGCUAUGGAAGGACAACAAGCAGGUCAAAGAAAAAUAAAAACGCAGGUGAAGGUGGUGAUGGAGAUGAUGGGAAAGAUGUGAGUGAUCGAGAUGAAGAUUUGAGCGAUACAGACAUAGACAAGACAGACAGUGAUAUGAAUGAAACAGAAUUAGAUGACGUGCUAAGCAAAGAUGAAGAUGACAACGAUAACAACAAUGAUGAUGAUAAUUUUGUAAGUAAUUCUGUAACCAUUAAAAGUGAACCAAUCACAGAAGAGAGAAAAGUAGAAAUUGCUAGCACUACACACUCUAUGGUCUUGAGAAAUGGUAAGGUUCCAAUCUGCAACAUUACAAAUGGAGAAACAGUUGUGGAAAAAAAGGAAACAACAUUAAAGAGUGAAUGUCUCAAAUCAUCAUUAUCGUCGCCUAGAGUUCGUUUGACGAGGAUAAAUGAUGAUAAUGCCACAAGCAAAAUUGAUAAUGACAACAUAUGUCAAAAUGAAAAUGAUGUCAAUAAUAAUCAAAACGUAAACGUUAACGACGACAACAACAAUAUGAAUGCAGAAAGAAAUGAUGACACUAUGGAAUGCGAUGAUAACGUCCAGUGCAUCAGUGGAUCAGCAGAUCAUCAAACUCAUAACUCUCCCAACAUCAACAUUAAUAACAACAGCAACAACAAUGUUAAUGAAGCCACAUUUAAUGAUGACCACAUAAAUAAUAAUAAUAACACUGGCAAUAAUAACAGGCAAGAAGAGAUUAGAUCAUCUAGUCAAAUGAUUGAUGAGGGUGUGGCCGUUCGUGAGGCUGGCGGUCGGGGCGAGUGUGUAGCUGGCGACAAUACUCAGACGAUUAAUGACAACAAUAAUGACAAUGUGUGCAAACUACUGAACUGAUUUACACGUUAAAUUUUAAGUUAUGCAUGCUCGCAUAUACUUAUAUGUAUACAUAUAAGUAUAUAAUUAUAUAUAUAUAUAUAUAUAUAUAUAUAUAUAUAUAUAUACGAUCGUUCAAUGAAAUACAGAACCCAUAUAUAUGUAUAUAUAUAUUUAUAUAUACAUACAUAUAUAGUUGUAAUCAUACAAUUAUACGAUAUAUUUUUAAUGUUACUCUUAAUGAAAGCACGUACUAGACGGCUGAGCGUAUGCAUAUAGUAUAUCAAUAUAUCACAUACCUAAUGUCACUAUAAGUAUGCACUAGGUCUUCAGUUUAAAUGGUCUGAACUCGUUUUCGGCAUUCUACUGACGUUAUGCAACUUAAUGAGUGACUUUUAAAGUUUAGAGCCACUGCAGUGUUAUUAAAGAGAGAUACAUUUACGUACGCACUUCUGUAUGUUGGAGCAUAGGCGUGUUUGAGUGUGUGUGUGUGUGCCGGCACCUGUACCAAACGUUUUGAAUGUAAACGGUGCUUCUUAAUUAUCAUUGUGAACCAUCAAGUAACAUGUUUUGCUAUUUCUUUUUUUUACUUUCAAUUUUUGAAAUUCUCCUUAAUUUGAUGUCAGAUUUUUAAACAAAUUUUAUAAUUUAAGUCACCUUAGAAUUAUCAUGAAUGUUUGCAACGCACGUUCAUAUUAAUACCUAAUUUUUUCAAUUUAUUUUAAUUGUUUUUAUCAGACUUAUUUAUUUUUAACGUUAAUAAAUUUGACUUUGUUUUUCAUAAAUGUUUUAACUACUUACUAACAAGGUUGCAAUAGAUAAGUAUGUACACGAAAAUAUUGAACAAUUAUUCAGAGCAAAUUAGCACAAAACAAUGAUGAAAAAUCAGUUAGCG